CAAAAUACGAUUUUAUGAACAGCGCAAUCAGCGGUGCAGAGCCCCUACGUUCUAAUAUAUGAUAAGCUCUAAAAUUACUUCUAUCAGACGAGUACACAAAACAAAGUCGAGUUUGAAUGAGGAGCGCAUGUGCUGAAGCGUUUUAGGUCACUUCCCUCCAUUUCCAGCGUGGUAAAGAUGGCGGCGCACAAGUCGGUCCCGAGCGAUUUGUACAAAUGUGUCUACUCGUUUCUGCUGGAGAACAAGUUCACCAAGGCAGCUCGGCAGUUUGUCAAGCAGAUUAAAGUGAGUCCACAGGAUCCAAAUGAAGAACGUCUUCUCAAUAUCUACGAUUUUUGGGUGAAAUCACCCCAAUCUCGGAAACGCAAAGAGAUUACUGACAAGACUGAAGCCGCUAGCUCAGUAGCCAAGAAGGCAAAAACCAGUAAAGAGAGUUCCAGCAGUGAGGCAUCCAGCACUGAGGAGGAUGAAGCCAGUGCAAAAGUAAAGAAGGCUACUCCUGCUGCCAAGGCAGUACCUGUGAAGGCAGUGGCUACUAAACCAGUGCCCAAAAAAGCUGCAUCCAGCAGCAGUAAAAAAUCGAGUGACUCUAAAGAAAAGAAGGCUCCUGCUAAGGCUCCUGUAAAGCCUGCAACAACUGUAAGUGGAACAAGGAAGAAAGACAGUAGUUCUAGCAGUGAAGAAUCAGACUCUGAAGAGGAGCAACCUACCAAAACUCCAUCAAAGACAGUGGCUACCACCAAGGCCAAAGCUCCUAUCCCCGCUUCUGGUGCAUCUAAGAAAAAACAAGAGGGCAGCAGUGAAGAAAGUUCCUCUGAGGAUGAAGAACCAGCCAAGGUCAAACCUGCCCAAGGGAAAGCGGUUGCUGCAGAUUCGAGCAGUGAGGACUCAUCCUCUGAAGAUGAGGCUCCACCCAUCAAGAAACCCAAAUCAGGGAUGUACAGUGCAGUCCCACCUCCCGCUACAGUCCAGAAAGCAGCGGCUCCAGCAGCAAUCAGUAAGGCCAAGGAUGAUGACUCAGACAGCAGUGAUGACAGCAGUGAUGAGGAUGAAGGAAAGAAAAUAGCUGCUAAACCAGUGCCGAUAAAGGAGACCGCACCUAGAAAAUUUUUGAAGAAGCCUGCUGCUAAGAAAGAAUCCAGUUCUGACAGCUCAGAUUCAAGUUCAGAUGAAGAGGAGACCAAAAAGCCCGCACCCAAGGUCACACCAGCAAAAGCGGCCCCAGUCAAACGGGCCCCAGCAAAAAAGGAUGAUUCCUCAAGCUCAGACAGCAGCUCAGACGAUGAAGCUCCAGCAAAGCCUGCCACUAAACCUGCAGCACCAUCAACACCAUCUGCCGCUUCAAAAGCGGCAGCUGAGAGCAGUUCUGACUCCACAUCUGAUGAGGAAGAAGCAGCCAAGCCCGCAAAGACUGGCGUUUCUGCUGCCAAAGCCACCACCCCAUCUUCUAAGCCCACAACUCUUGCCAAAAAGUCUGCUGCAGCAGCUAAAAGCAGUUCAGACUCUGACUCCUCGUCUGAAGAGGAGAAACCAGUGAAAAUGAAGCCGGCAACCACAAAACCUACAGUGCCAGCUUCAAAAGCUGCUACUCCUGUUGCAAAAGGCGCCAAAGGAAAGACGGCAGCAAAAAGCAGCUCUGAGUCAGACUCCUCAUCUGAAGAUGAAGAGCCUGCAAAAGCCAAGGCACCUACAAGUAAACCCUCCACCCCUGCCGGGAAGGCUGCAACCCCCUCAAAGGCUGCUGCAGCCGAAAGCAGCUCCGAGUCAGACUCUUCAUCUGAAGAUGAAGAGCCUGCAAAAGCCAAGGCACGUACAAGUAAACCCUCCACCCCUGCCGCUAAGGCUGCAAACCCCUCAAAGGCUGCUGCAGCCGAAAGCAGCUCUGAGUCAGACUCUUCAUCUGAAGAUGAAGAGCCUGCAAAAGCCAAGGCACCUACAAGUAAACCUUCCAACCCUGCCGGGAAGGCUGCAACCCCCUCAAAGGCUGCAGCAGCAGAAAGCAGCUCUGACUCAGAUUCUUCAACUGAAGAUGAAGAACCAGUCAAAGCAAAAUCAACACCUGCUAAAGCUGCCACCCCAGCUUCAAAGGCUGUCACCCCGGUAACAAAAGCUGCUCCUCCACCAAAGAGCAGCUCUGAGUCAGACUCUUCAUCUGAGGAGGAAGAACCUGCUAAAGCUAAGCCAGCUACAAGUAAGCCUGCCACUCCUGCUGCAAAGACGGAUGCUGCAGAAAGUAGUUCAGACUCUGACUCCUCAUCCGAAGAUGAGACGGAGAAAGCGAAGCCAGCAACGGGGAAACCUGCUGCCAAGGCUGCCACUCCUGCUUCCAAGGCUGCCACUCCUGCUUCUAAGGCUGCCACUCCUGCUUCUAAGGCUGCCACUCCUGCUUCUAAGGCUGCCACCCCUGCAGCAGAAAGCAGCUCAGAGUCUGACUCUUCGUCCGAGGAAGAGGACGAACCUCCUAAAGCCAAGCCCGCUGCAACUAAAGCGGCUGCUCCUCCAGCAAAGGCUGCAGCAGCCCAUGCAGAGAGCAGUUCAGACGAUGACUCUUCUGAAGAGGAAGCCCAAGCAAAGGCAAAACCUGUGGCCAAGAAGGCAGCCGUGGUGGCUAAAUCUGCAGCUUCAAAAGCAGCUCCAGCGAAGGCCAAGGAGAGCAGCUCCGACUCGGACGACAGCUCAGACUCCGAGACGCAGACCAAGAGCACCCCUGCUAAGGCUGCCGCCGCCAACGGCACCGCUACCAAAGCUGCAUCGGCUAAACCCGCAGAGUCAUCAGACAGUGAUAGCAGUUCGGAGGAGGAGGAGGCCACUUCCACCCCUGCUCAUUCAACCAAGGCGACUAAAGCUAAAAACAAAAGCAGUUCCUCAGACAGCUCAGAUGAUGAAGAUGAGGCGCCAGCAAAGGCUGUCACCACCCCCAAGGCCAAUGGCACCAAUGGAAAGCAAAAGCAAGAGACAAAGACUCCAAAAUCAAAAAAAGCAACUACUACACCACAAACUUUUCCCAAAGCCAACAAGUCUUCUAACAUCCCUUUCCGAAGAAUAAAGGAGGAAGAUGUCGCCGUGGACCCCCGCCUUGCAGACAACUCUUUCGAUGCUAAGAAGGGUUCCAAUGGCGAUUGGGGCCAGAAAGCCAACGAAACUCUCCGCUUUACCAAAGGCAAAUCGUUUCGCCACGAAAAGACGAAGAAGAAGAGAGGAAGCUACCGAGGUGGCACCAUCAACACCUCGGUCAACUCGAUCAAGUUUGACAGUGACUGAGGACCUUUCCCUCCCUCUGAACUCAACAUCACCUGCGUGACGCGGGCCCUCACAUCCAGUGGCUACUUUGACCGAUAACAUUUAGUUUGAAAGUAGCAAUUAAGAGGGGAUUCACCGUGAAAGACACAAGGAUGACAAAUGACCGCUUAUAGCCACAAUGUGGCUUAAGGCCAUCAGUCCAGACUGUCAAGGAAACCACGUCACCAAAUAUGACCUGUCUGGUACGUUUUUCCAUGUAUGCAUUGCAGCCACCCAGUCCACUUUGAUAAUUAAUUGCAGAUUGAUUAUAUACAUCCGUCAACCUAUGGUAAUAAUGGAGACUGUUCUUUUUUUUCCUGAGACAUAAUUUUGCUGAGGACAUAAAUAUGUUUUAUGGUUUGUAUUUAUUGUGUAUUAGUCCAUUUCACUAAUUAGACUAAAUUUUCAUUGUUCCAUACAAGCCAUUUUGCGGUGAAAUGUAGUUAAAAUUCAUCCUUUUAUUUCUCCUGUUAUUAGGUAGCAAUGUUGCCAAACCGUUUAACUUUUUUCCUUUGGGAUUUACUGUACACAAACCAUUAUUUUACUUUUUCCUGUCAUGAACCCCAACAUGAAUCACAAGAUUAACAAUAUUGUCAAGGCCGGUACUGGUGAAUUCAGUUGACACCAGGUGGCACACUAACACCUUUAUCCAACUAUCCAUCUACUCAACAGUUUAAAAUCCUCACGAGGGUUGGGCGUGCUGGAGCCUAUUUUAGCAGUUGAUACAAUUGUCAACAAGAGUUUCACUUUUGUUGUGACAUUUCAAGAUUGUCUUUUUUCUAUGUGGACAAUAAAGUGGAGUAAAAUUUAUACUUUAGAAUGCCAUAUUAUGCCAAGUUACCCGUAUAAGACUGAUGCCAUAUUAAAUUCACCAAUCUACA